CUGCACUUCAUCUUCGUCGUGUACUCGCUUUCCUUGACUCCCCACGCGGUCUUGCCGCCUUGCCGGCCAGUGCACUGCUAGUCCUAAUGCCGUGUUAACCAUGCACAUUACUCUCCGAAUUCCACAACGACCUGCGACUCGGUCGUCGUCAUCGUCAACCACCGUUCAUACAAAUGGCCUCCAAAUUAAAAAAAUAUCCUCCAUUAGUCUCAAAGACUCCAACCCAGAGCCAUGGCAGAGCACGCAGAUGGCUCCCAAACCCCUCUCGUCUGCCUCUGCCUCUGUCUCCUGCUAUCAUCCCCAGCGCACCUGGCGAUGAGCAUGGACCUCGACGACGACGGAGACGACGUGAGCUUCGCCGACGACAGCUUCUCCGGUGAGCUGGCACCGGCACGGCGCCUCUAUGAUGACAGCUUCAACGUGCUGAACAGCAACUCGUCCAAGUCCAACAGCUCCUCCGGCGCGGCCUUCUGCAGGCUGCUGUCCCUGCAGGUACUGGACCUGUCCAACAACCAGCUGACCGGGGAGCUGCCGGACUGCUGGUGGGACAUGCAAGCUCUGCAGUUCAUGGACCUGUCCCACAACUUUUUCUCAGGUGAGAUCCCUGCAGCCCCGUCGAGCCACAAGUGUGAUCUUGCGUCGCUCCAUCUUGCCGGCAAUGACUUCACCGGAGUCUUCCCGUCGGUUGUUGAGGGGUGCCACGAGCUGUUCACUCUGGAUAUUGGGAAUAACAGGUUCUUUGGUGGUAUUCCUCCCUGGAUUGGAAGCGCCGUUCCGCAACUGAAAAUUCUUAGCCUUAGGUCGAACAACUUCACUGGUGAAAUUCCUUUGGAGUUAUCGCGUCUUGAUCAACUUCAGUUGCUAGACUUGGCCAACAACAGCUUGACAGGAUUGAUCCCAAUGGAGUUUGGGAACUUAACCUCCAUGAAGUAUCCAAAAAUUGUUUCUAGCCCGGUAUCUCUAAACGGGUCUAUUUAUGAGGAUACAAUUGGCAUUAUAUGGAAGGGAAAAGACCUGAUUUUCCAAAGAGUACUUGAGCUGAUGACAGGUAUCGAUUUGUCAAGCAAUUCACUGUCUCUAUGCAUCCCUGAAGAGUUAACCAAUCUCCAUGGCCUUCGAUUUCUAAACUUGUCAAGAAAUAAUCUGUCAUGCGGCAUUCCUGAAAACAUUGGUAAUUUCAAAUAUCUUGAGUCCCUUGACCUCUCAUGGAAUGAACUUUCAGGAGCCAUUCCUCGGGGCAUGAGUGAUUUACUAUCCCUUGCGAUUUUGAAUCUCUCGAACAAUCUUUUAUCAGGCAAGAUACCCACUGGAAGUCAACUUCAAACCCUCACUGACCCGUCGAUUUACAGCAACAAUGCUGGGCUCUGUGGAUAUCCUUUGGGCAUUCCAUGCACAAAUACUUCACUUGCAUCGGAUGAGAGAAAUGGUAGAGAUCCUGAGGACCAGUGGCUGUACUACUGCGUUAUUGCUGGAAUUGUUUUUGGAUUUUGGCUGUGGUUUGGGAUGCUCUUUUCCAUCACGAACUGGAGGUCUUCUGUUUUCUUAUUUGUUGAUGGCAUGCAAUUUAGGAUUAUGCAAAAGGUACAGCAUAUCGAUCAAUUUCUUUCGGAAGGAAAGAGUGAUCAAUUUCUGUAGCUUUGUUUUCUACAAGUGAUACUGUGUGGCUAUAUUAUCUACUAUGCUUUGCAAUCAAAUCUCUUUUCGUCCUGAAGGACGGCAGGAGAUUUGCUGUCUUUGUACUAAGAAUGUAAUAUUGAGAGUAAGUCCAAAAUUCUAGUGGACUGUUACGUAGCAAUUUGAAUAAAAGAAUAGGCCGUUUAUAUGCA